GCUGGUAUGUAACCCUGCCUAGUAGCGAUGCCCACACUGUCUCAGAGCGCGCGCGCGGAUAGCACACUGAGCACCCUGCCGCACCUAUAGGAGCGUUUGCUCGCGGUCCCAGAAGAUGGUCUGAACUCACGCGCUUUCCACCCCUUCAAGAGCUCUCGCGGAGUGCCGCAAUGUUGACUAGGCUGUUCAGUGACCCGUCGCUGCUUCCCGACAUGCAUAAGUAUUCGGCCUGGGCAGAGGACAGCGAGAGCGAGGACUCGAAGACCAAGGAUGAUGAGGAUCAGUGCCGCGUGGGCGAUGACGACAUGGAUGCCCCGGACCUGAGAAGCAGCCGGGCACAUUCUGAGAUCGGCGGUGAAGACGAGGACGACGACGAGGCGGAUGAGGACGAAGGAGAGGACGGUGCAGAGGGGGACGGGCCCAAAAAACGGGGCCCUAAGAAGCGUAAAAUGACACCUGCGCGUAUCGAGCGAUCCAAGUUGCGUCGUCAAAAGGCAAACUCACGGGAGAGGACGCGCAUGCACGACCUGAACUCUGCGCUCGACAAUCUGCGUAAAGUCGUGCCCUGUUACUCAAAAACGCAGAAGCUCUCCAAAAUUGAGACUCUCCGUUUGGCCAAGAACUAUAUCUGGGCCCUCUCUGAGAUCCUGCGCUCCGGGAAGAAGCCUGAUCUUGUGUCCUACGUGCAGACGCUGUGUAAAGGAUUGUCCCAACCCACGACCAACCUGGUUGCGGGUUGUCUGCAACUCAACUCCCGAAACUUCCUAACGGAGCAGUGUCCGGAAGGGGGACGCUAUCCCGGCUCCAACUCCUUCUCCAUGCAUCCUUACCCCUACCAGUGCUCCCGCCUCUCCAGCCCUCAGUACCAGUCUGGUUCCAACUCGCAUCCCUUACGGACACACGGGUACUGCUCAGCCUACGAUUCGCUGUACGGUGGCAGUGGAUCUCCAGAAUACAACAGCCCAGAGUAUGAGGGGCCCAUCUCCCCUCCCGUGUGCAUCAAUGGCAACUUUUCUCUGAAGCACCAGGGCACUACGUCCCCCGAGGUAGCCGAGAAAGGCUAUCAUUACUCUAUGCAUUACUCCGGCCUGGCCGGCUCUCGCCCCACUGCUGGCCACAUAUACGGUUCUUCAGGGGUGCGGAGCAGCAUCCAAUCCGAAAACGUAUCGCCUUACCACGACAUGCACCUGCACCACGAAAGGGCCCCCGUCCCGGUGUACGAUGAACUCAAUGCGUUUUUCCACAACUGAAACAGCCGUAAUAUUGCCAUGCGUGGGAGUCUUCUUGCAAUCAACAAUCAAUUAGUUGCCCACCUUUGGCAAGGCGCGUGCACGGUCACACCCCCUCCCCUAAACCUUAGUCCCAAAGGACUAUGACACCAGACACGGAUCAUUGUGGAAAAAACGUUUUAUUUAUUGUUUUUCUAUGUCCUUUUAUAUAAUUGUAUUUAUUUUGUAUCUAUUCUGUGACGGUGGGAUGCUGUGAACAUGUUGCAUUUGAAAUGGAAUGUGUACAGAUUUGACGGUGAUUGACGUAUGGGUUAUUAUUGAACUAGCUAGUUAAACAGAGUUAAAAUGCAACCGCAUAGUCACGUUUAUAACAUUGUAACAACCGAUGAUGCUGUAACUAAUUUUGAAAUAGAGGAUUAAAUUAAGAGGCGAAGCAGUGCACUUAAAAGCAAGCAUGUCGAAGAGAUCGGAAGAUAUAUAUUUUCAAAUGUCGACAAAUGGCAACAGCUAUGUCGGAAAAUUAAACAUAUUUUACCUCUAUGCAAGAAAUAGCCUACGCCAAACAAGUAUACAAGGACCAAUUACAGGCUAUAUCUAAAAUAGUGUACAUUAAAUUAAAUUACAUGAAAUUAAUUGAACACUUCUCAACAAUAUCAUUUCAUUGCUUCUCGGCCCCUGUUGUGAUUUACCAUAACACACACGGGAGGAAUUGCUUGACGUCUAUUUUUUAUUUUUAUUGAGGGACAUAGAUUCAAGUGGAAACGUUAUGUCCUCACCAUAAUGACACAGAGAAUACCAUGUUCGACCCCUAGAAUAUCACCAAUAGAUAAGGAAAAGCAAAGAAUAUUUGGCAGAUUAGGCCUAUAAGGCUAAAGCCAACAUUUAAAAUGAGUGAUUCUAAAGUAGCAGAUAUGGGCUACCAGCUCCGGCUGGUCAAGUCAUUUUAAUGUGAACGAUUCGAUAGUGUUUACGUUCAUUAGAUUAGGCAACCUUUCGUGUUUUAGAUGUCAUUCAAAUGCAAUUGAAAAGGGUUUCAUGUAAGCCAAUAGCCUUGGCUUUUGUACAUCUACAAUCCUGUCAGUGACGGAACGAAGAAUCGGAUAGGCCGACAAUAAAAUGAACACAAUAUUUCAUGUCAUGCCACAGGAAUAAAUACGGCAAGUCAAGUAACUUUCUAAUCAAUCGAACACAUUGACUUGUUGAAUAGGCCUAUUUCUAAAAGUGCAAGGGCCAGGAUUUAGCACUCAAUUUCGAAAUAGUCGAAGUUAUAUCAGAAGGUCGACAUAUUGCACUGAAAUGACAGGAUGAUUAUUGUUAUUAUUAUUUACAAACAGUAUUAUUCCAUGCAUAAUCUUGUCUAUACUAACUAAAUCAAUGCAGAUAUUUCCACUAAGGGUCCCCCGAGUCGUCAACAUGUGUUGCAUUUUUCAUUGAAAGCGAAAGUGAAAACUUUGUAUUUAAACAAUGUGUGUGUGUGUGUGGUAAAAUAAAAUGAUAAUACAUUCAAUUGUGCUACAUCAUUUCAUUUUAAACCUAUAUCCAAGUUGUUACUCGGUAAACGUCCUUUCUCGUUGAAAUCCAGAACCAUUACUUAAUGUUAAAAAAAAAUAAAGUAUCGGCUGGCUCGCUGGUUAAGUUAUCAGUGUAAUCAUCAACUAUGUAAGGGCUAUAUUAUAUUAUUCCUAUGAUGAUUCUUAUCAUUGGAAAUGCUCUAUGACAUGAUGAUUGAGUGUGGCCUGGAAACAUCAAACAUCCCCAUGUCGCUCUGCUUUCGGGAAGUGCGUUAAGGCUAUAGAAGUAGCAUCACUUGACACGUGACUCUAACAGGUUUAAUAUAGCAGAUGCAUAAGCUAUGUCAACAUGUUGCAGUAAAUCACAUUCUUCAAUUGAGCCCGCGGGAAAAAAAAGUGUUGUAGAAUGAGUUCGAAAGACUUCCACUUGUGGGAGAUGAUAAAACAUUUCUAAUGAUUCGGCAUAGAGGCACAAACGGGAAUUCUAGGAUCUAAUCAACAGGCCAACACCAUCUUUCCGGAACACAACGAACAUAUUACAAAGACAAAACGUGUCAACAAAGAAGCCCUGCGAUGGACUCUAAUGAGUUGAACAGCAGGAUCUGGACAGAUUGGGAAAAGGCCCCCGGUUCUGCAGGCGAGCCAAAAUCCCUAACAGUUACCAAAGGGUCGGUCUGAAGCUUUCGGGGAUUUCUAGGAUGUUCAAAUGAUAUGGGAGCCGUUAUAAAGCCAAACGAAUUCCUUUGAAGAGAGGGCCUGCUAUGACAACUAACUUCUAGAUCAGGGGUGUGCAACUUUUUUUUUUGGUGGGGCCACAAAACAUCGGAACUCGUCAUGAGGGUCUGCAGUGGCUCGCGGGUCUGCGUACCCACAUCCAUACCCAGAUGCAGUCAGAGCCGGUCCAAUUCUUUUGGGGGCCAUCCCACCUUUGCGAGCAAUACAUUUUAGCGCCCCCCCCCCUAUACACUUGACGUUUUAGAGUUAAUUUCCUGCAAUUUGACACAUUUUGCCAGGCGGGUAGAAAGAAUUUUGCUGUUUUAAAGCAAGUUAGCUGCAAUUCUACAUAUUCUUCCAUGGAGUGAUGACAAAUGUUUGCAGUUUUGCGGUCUGAUGAUCAAUGGUUGCUCAUCCCGGAUCUAGAUCAUGAGUUUGUGUUUUUUUCCUGGCUACUUUUUCGAAUGUACAUACAAGCAACCGUGCUCCUACUCCCUUUGAGCGCAUGCCAGAAUAUUCUUGACAUCAAAGGUAAACUUGACUGAAUGGACACAAGGAUCACAAUGCACGAGAUAGAGACAAACGGGCGGUGUAUAUGAGAACGCGGAAGAAACGCGGAAGAAAUACAGACCAUAGCCCUAUUCGCUGACAUUAAAUCAUCGAUAAUUGUAGCCCCCAAAAAAAGCACGAAACAUAAGGGAUCCCUAACUAGCAAAAAUAUAAUUUGUAAUCAAAACACGGCAUUGGAAAGAGGCUAAAAUGUUGCGGGCCGCAGAGGACCUUAAAUCCAGCCCAUGUAGUCCAUAUUGGAAUGGCAACCUUGACUUCAGGCUCAUUGGCUCAAUGGACAUUGAGAGAGAGAGAGAGAGAAAUAAACUUUUGUGAGUGCGAUGUUUACUGUUAAUUUUAUAUUGUUUAU